AUGACCUCCCUAUCAACAACCCCCACCGUCCUCGAGGACACCACUCCUCUAAACCAGGACAUCACAGAAACACCAAAACAACCAGAGGAAGUCCCAUCAUUCACACCCGGUCAAUGUCUCUUUUGCUCCACAUCAUCGCCUACUCUUGAAGAAAGCAUGGUCCAUAUGCAAAAGUCACACGGCCUAUUCGUACCACAGCAAGAUCAUCUCACUGUCGACCUUGAGACCUUCGUCAGAUAUUUACAUCUCGUUAUCUUCAAUUAUCGCGAAUGUCUUUACUGCGAAACAUCACGGUCAACAGUUCAAGCUGUCCAGCAACAUAUGACAGGCAAGGGCCACUGCAAGUUUGACUUGUCAGAAGAUUCAGAGUUUGCCGACUUUUACGACUUUUAUCAGACUGAAGAUGAGCUAUCAGAGGGUUAUGUCAAUGAAGAUGGCAGCAGGAAAGAUCUCGAUCGCAAGCCAUUGCAAGUAGAUCAAGAUUCGAUGCGCCUACCCUCCGGAAGACUCAUCUCCAAAAAGUUAUCAGCACAGGCAGAGCCAUCUCUAUUUCAAGCACGUCGUCGACUGCGCACAUUAGCGCCUCAGUUAGAGUAUACUCCUGGUGAAGCUGGUAAUGCUGGCGAGGCUGGUGAUGAGGCCGAUACAAGUACCAACGUUCCUAUCCCCGACACUCAAGUGUUGACCAGACGCGAAAAACGACAAAAGGCUACUGCCACACAUCAGCUCGCGAAUAUGAGCGCCAGUGAUCGCACCGCUCUGAUGCAUUUGUCUUCAUCUGAACAACGAGCACUCAUAACUACAAACCAUAAGUUUGCAGAAAAGGUCCAAAAGGAGGAGAAUAAAAGUCAGCGACGACUUGAUAGGAAGGGGAACAAGAACUUGUAUGCUUAUUGGAAUACUGAGACACCAGUGUAUCAGUGUGGUUAG